CAUGUAUGAUUAGAAACAGUUGGUGGCGGUAUGUGCCUAUGGUGCGGAAUACGCCAAAAAUUCCUAAGAAGAAGAAGAAGAAGACGGAAGUGUGCAGCAGACUAGAGGCAGAAAGCGGCAGCAUGGUGUACACGGCGAAAGUCGGACCGUCUAUUUUGAGCAGCGAUCUGUCGCAGCUCGGGAGGGAGUGUGAGCGAAUGAUGGAGUGCGGUGCUGAUUAUCUGCACCUUGACGUUAUGGAUGGGCAUUUUGUUCCAAACAUCACAUUUGGACAUCCUAUGGUGGAAUGUUUACGACGCUGUAUCGGACCUGAUCCUUUUUUUGACAUGCAUAUGAUGGUGUCCAGGCCAGAGCAAUGGGUGAAGCCCAUGGCAGCAGCGGGAGCCAAUCAGUACACUUUCCAUCUAGAAGCCACGACCAACCCUGGCAGCCUCAUCAAGGAAAUCAGGGAGAGCGGCAUGAAGGUUGGUCUUGCCAUUAAACCUGGAACAACUGUUGAGGAACUGGCACCGUGGGCUGGGCAGAUCGAUAUGGCUCUUGUCAUGACUGUAGAGCCUGGCUUUGGUGGUCAGAAGUUCAUGGAAGAUAUGAUGCCAAAGGUGAGCUGGCUCAGGAGUCAGUUCCCUUCUCUGGACAUUGAAGUGGAUGGAGGAGUUGGCCCAGACAGCAUCUACAGAUGUGCUGAGGCUGGAGCCAACAUGAUCGUGUCGGGCAGUGCUGUAGUGAGCAGUGAUGACCCUCGUUCUGUAAUCGCCCUCCUCAAAAACGUUGUUAUGGAGGCGAUCCAGAAACGUUCUUUGGACCGCUGAGCAUUUUGAGUUUUUACCUCAGCUCUGUUUUUGGCCACCACUGAAAGUCAUUCCUGCAGAUUCUGAGAGUCUGUUUUAAUGUAUAAAUUCGUUAUUGAAUGCUCAGUGGUGCUUGUGAAAGAACAUGACCCAUUGCUGGAUGUGCUGAGGGUGCGUUUGCACAUAACAGACCACGUGAACUGCCUUUGCCAAGACUCUUGUUUGGAUUCAUCUGGAGUUUUCAAAUUCAUAUGGCCUUUCGAGAACUUCAAGCAGAUAGAACAGACAGAUUCUAUCUACAGUGACGUCAGUCUGACCAUUGCUCUCUUAAUUAACCUCAUUUGGUUUGAUUUAUCACAUUUAUUGUUUGUCAUAGUACCAAUCACAGUGACAACAAAUUGUUACAACAUUGAGAAAGCGGCUGCUGAUAGCUACUUCCAACAUUUCAGUGUUAUCAUGUUUGUUGGAUAAAGAAUGACAAUGGAUUUGAGCUGUAUAAGCUCUAUAUACUCUAAUACUCAUUUGCUGCAGAUUAUGAUAGUUUAAAUGAAUUCUGACUGUUUUUUCAACAUUCCACCAGCCUGUCUUUCUAGAACACUGAAAUUAUAAAAGUAUAAAUCAAGAGACCUUAAAUGGUUUUAUUUGUCUUUUUUUUUCUCUGCGUGUAGCAUUAACACGUUAAGUAGUUUCAGACAGUGAAGUCACCAAGUAAGGCUACAUCUGUAAACAGGUUAUCUAAACAAAUACAAUGACACAUUUUAAAGUCAGCGUGAAAUGAAAAUUCACCCUAUAUA